AUGGCAACCGACGGUGCAGGGAAAGGAACCAAUAGCAAGGACGCAGGGCCUGGGCAGGGGUGGGGCCAAGCGGGGGCCGAGCCCGCUGGUGGGCGUUCGUCCUCGCUUUACGCCUUACAUUACCCCCCGCCAUCACCAACCACCAGAGACCCCUCUUCUGUCAUUCAUACCUCCAAAAGUCCCCUCGUCACCGAGACCCCACUCCUGUUACCAGCUCCCGACAGCAUCCCCUUCCCAGUCACCAAAACCCCUCAAAGACAGCCCUGUACUGAACGUCAUCAUCCCCACUUCCCCUCCGUAGCCCCUCGCGGCGCCGUCUCCUGCCCCGCCCCCUGGCGCUGCGCCCCGGCGAACGGCGCCGGAAGCCCCGCCCCCGGCCGGUUGCUAGGCUCCGGCAGCCGGAAGUCCCGCCUGCCGUGUAGUCGCCGCCGCCGCCGCUGCUGCCGUCGUUGUUGUUGUGGUUGGUUCGCUGAGCUCCGCGGCUCCGAGAGCCGGCUGCAUCCCUUCCCCGCCGCCGCCAUGAAGUGGAUGUUCAAGGAGGACCACUCGUUGGAACACAGAUGCGUGGAAUCCGCGAAGAUCCGAGCGAAAUAUCCCGAUCGGGUUCCGGUGAUUGUGGAAAAAGUCUCAGGCUCUCAGAUUGUUGACAUUGACAAACGGAAGUAUCUGGUUCCAUCUGACAUCACUGUGGCUCAGUUCAUGUGGAUCAUCAGGAAAAGGAUCCAGCUUCCUUCUGAAAAGGCAAUCUUCCUGUUUGUGGAUAAGACAGUCCCACAGUCCAGCCUAACUAUGGGACAGCUUUACGAGAAGGAAAAAGAUGAAGAUGGAUUCUUGUAUGUGGCCUACAGUGGAGAGAAUACUUUUGGCUUCUGAGGGCCAGCGCUGGGCUAGGUGCACCGUUCCCGCUUUGUGUAUCUUGUAAAUAGCCGGCCGUUUUCCGUUCCCAGACCUCUUCACAUAGACCUAAUUAGUGCGUUUGUAACUGGAUUUAUUUCUUAAUAUAUUGGGAGGUUUUGUUUCCUUAGGUUAGUAAAUUAUCAUACAGAGUUUUAUUCUGAAUUUUCCUUCCUGUGCACUGCCCUCAUGGCUGUACUCCCCAGGGCACUUGUUCUCUGAGGAUCAUUAUUUCAUGAAGAUAUUUCCAUAUUAAAGUGAGGUAGUUGGGGUAUUAAAGUGAAAGGGAGGGAGGUGAUGCAUUUUUUCUGGAUUAUGUUUGAAGUGUUAAAGAUGGCUAAGUAUUAAAAGCACCCAAAUUAAAUCCUUAGCAAUCAGACACUUGCUUCACUAGAUUUUGCCAACUGCCAAUCAUGUUGGACUGAGCUAAUCUGUUCUUUCUGAAAGUAUUAAGGUAAAUAAUUAACAAUAAAACUUCCUCUUGUAAAGGCA